UAGCUGAUGACCGUUGACUCCCGGGCAACGCCGCGCCGGCCCUGCGGCGGACUGUGCCCGGUGGCGUCCUCGGAGGAGAAAUGUAUCUUUUGCCUAAGUGCUGACGGCUGGCAAUAUGUUCCUCUCCACUUUGAGAGAACAACAAAGGGGGAUCGAGCAGAAGUGCGCUACAGCGAGAUUUUAGCAUCGCACACGGCGUGCGGUCCCUGCUGGGCCCAGUGGGAGCGAAGAGCCACGGCAACGGCGAAGACGGCGACGGCGCCGCGGUGUCCCAUGUGCCAACGUGACAUUGACGUGCGCCAGGGAUAUGAGGAUGCAAACUGCAAGGAUUGCCUGUCAGUGCUGUUGAAAGCCACACGCUCCAGACCCCGGCCGGCGGUUCGGAGUCCGAUCUGCAGUUCCCACAUGAAGUGUUGCUGUUCAGUGCUGAUCAUCUUCAUAUUGGUUGUUACUUUUAAUGUGGCGUGCGACAUCAUGCUGCAGAUCGGCGGUCAGAGGUUGGCCCAGGAACUGAGUCAUCACAGCCUGGGCGCUGCCUUGAAGUUGCCACCUGGGCUCUAUUCAGUUUUGUGCAAUGAUGAAGUGAAGGCAGCCCUGGAUGCCCUCACUCAAGAUCCGAUCUUGAGAUUCACCACGUCGUUUCUCCAGGAGAUUGUUGCAGAGGGAUGUCGGCGACCGGGACCCAAUGUUAACGAUGAUGCCAUGAGAGAUGCUGAGCAAGUCUUUGAUGAUUUGAGAAGGGAAGAACUGUGAUCUCUUUCAGUCGUUCAUAUUCUUUGAGAAUAACUUUGAGAAGACCCGUGAGAAGGACGUUGAUAUCCUUCAAAGCCUUUGAGAAGGGAAGAACAUCGAAGAGCUUUGAGAAGUUGAACUCAUGUUUCUUCAAGGCGACGUUCAGAAAGGUGGCGGUCCGUUCCAACAUGGCUUUCGCUGCCGGAUUCCCCUGGGGCUGCCGAAAGGACCGCCUGCGAUGCAUCAGGGCAAUUCGAUGUCUUGGGCCACUUUGUAUGGCUUGUGUGAAAACAUUCACCAGGGUUUCACCAUGUUUCACUGCACAAAGUAACUUACCAAGCACAAGAGCCUAGUCAAAGUCGCAGUUGUGGGAAUUGGUGGCGCCUUACGUGAUGUUAUUUCCAAGGUGAUGCUGUGCGUCAUUGCCCGGUCGACUACUGCUGAUAUGAACUACCACAGACAUGGACAAAAAAGACUGCUAGGAGACAUCAG